AAACUUCCUUCCGCUCGUGUAGAACCUGCUCUGAGACUGCUAGCGGACUCUUUUCUCGUUAUUGAUUAGCAGGGCAGUUCAUCUUAACGCUGCGGACUCAUGAGUGUGUUUGAUUGUUUUAUGGUCAUGUAAAUGAGAGGACUAUAUAUUAAUGUGUUUAUAUAAUUUAGUAUGUCUUAUUCGUUUUUAGUUCUGUUAAUAUUUAACAUGGUAGCUGUGAGAAGCUGUCAUGCUAGCCAAAUAUCUAAGGGUUUUCGCUAGCUAGCAGUUCAAGGCUAGGUAAGGUUGGACACCAAGUCAUAUCACAUCAAUAACACAUCCUUGGUCAUUUAGUACAGACGCAUCAGCUCUUUUACUAGCACUGGUUAUCUAGCGGAAGUGUUUUCUGCCCGCUGGUUCGCUAGCUAGCAUCCUCGCUAAUGAUUGGAUUCUCCUGGAAAUGGAAAAUGUGAGGUGUGGGUUAAAUGGAGUGGUGUGAAUUCAGGAGUAGAGCUAUGAAGCAUAAGAUCACACAGCCAAGCAUAGGUAGUCGCCCUCAUGUGCCCAUGGAGAAGGAGGCCUUCGAGGGAUGGCUGGAGUCGGUCUCCACCUCCUUCUUGGCACUGAAUGACCAGCAACGCAAUCAUCUGCUGGACCACCUGAUCUCUCUGAGUGGUGCUGUUCAACUCCGGCACCUUUCCAAUGGACUGGAGGCACUGCUGAAGCGUGACUUCCUGCGCCUCUUACCCCUGGAGCUGGCCUUCUACCUGCUGCGCUGGCUUGACCCUCAGACGCUGCUCACUUGCUGCUUGGUAUGCAAGCAAUGGAACAAAGUAGUCAACACCUGCACUGAAGUGUGGCAAGGUGUGUGCAGAGACCUGGGCUGGCGAAUCGACGACUCCAUCCAGGAUGCUGGCCACUGGAAACGUGUCUACCUUAAGGCCAAGCGUCGCAUGAAACAGCUGCAAGAGGAGGAUGCAUUUGAGACCAGCUCCUUGAUUGGGCACAGCGCUCGAGUGUAUGCCUUGUACUACAAGGAUGGCCUCCUCUGCACAGGUUCUGAUGACCUGUCAGCCAAACUGUGGGAUGUCCGCACUGGCCAGUGUAUCUACGGCAUCCAGACACACACCUGUGCUACUGUGAAGUUUGAUGAGCAAAAACUAGUGACGGGGUCAUUUGACAACACCAUUGCAUGCUGGGAAUGGAGUACAGGCGCCAAAAUCCAGCAGUUCCGUGGACACACUGGUGCAGUGUUCAGCGUAGACUACAAUGAUGAGUUGGACACACUGGUCAGCGGUUCUGCAGACUUUACUGUCAAAGUGUGGGCUCUGUCAGCCGGAGCAUGUCUCAACACCCUCACAGGGCACACGGAGUGGGUCACUAAGGUACUACUUCAGAAAAGCCAAGUUGAGUCCAUGAUGCACAGUCCUGGGGACUACAUCUUACUGAGUGCAGAUAAAUAUGAAAUCAAGGUGUGGCCUAUAGGGAGAGAGAUCAACUGUACGUGCUUAAAGACUCUGUCCGUGUCUGAGGAUCGCAGUGUCUGUCUGCAGCCCCGCCUACAGUUUGAUGGCCGCUACAUUGUCUGCAGUUCAGACCUUGGUGUCUACCAGUGGGACUUUGCCAGUUUUGAUGUGCUAAGAGUUAUCAAACCACAUCAAGACCCAGCCAGUCCCUCCCUUCUAAGCUUUGGUGAGGUAUUCGCUCUACUGUUUGACAACCACCACUUGUAUGUAAUGGACCUGAGGACUGAAGCCAUCACAGGCCGUUGGCCGCUGCCAGCCUACCGCAAAUCCAAAAGAGGCUCCAGUUUCCUUCCAGGAAUCACCUCAUGGCUCAAUGGCUUUGACGGCAAAAACGAUGCCGGCCUGGUGUUUGCCACCAGCAUGCCGGACCAUAGCAUUCAUCUGGUUCUGUGGAAAGAGAACGGCUGAAGAAGGAAGUGAGCAUGCGCCAACUUUAGUUGACACCAGGGCCGCUAAACAAAAAAGACAAAAAAGGGUGCUUUUGAUUUCAAAAACCUGCAGCUUAGAUAUUGCAUGGACCAAAGUCUGUCUUUCUUCAUUUCAUCUUUUCAGUUUCUGCUGGUUGCUUUUAGGUUUUAGAAGAAACUGGCUCUUUCCUUUGGUCAAGUAAAAACCGUUCUUGCACAUUCUGACAUGUAUUUUGAAGUGCAGUAUGUGGAUACAAUAUGAAACCUUGAAGAAGGUGCUGGCUGGGUUGAACCUCUUUCUGAUUGCUACAGAAAUGUGAAAGCAACUGUGAAUCAAGUACUUGACUGAACAGUAAUAUCCUGCCACAGCUCAAUCAUCCAAAUUCAUGAAAACAUGAAAUUUAUAUAAAAAUAAAUUGUCAUUUGGAUUUUUUUUUUUUAACCCUAAGUAUUUAGUUGGUCAAAAUUUGUGAUCAGAAAACAGGAUAAUGAAGAUUGCCUUAAUUUCUUGAUUUCCUUUCAGGAUUUUUGCAGAUAGCCACACCCAUGCGCUCUGGCAUGUCACGUGUGGUGUACACUUUGUUGUGUGAUAAACUAUAGACUGUAUGGUUGGUUUGUAUGACAGUCAUUAGGUUUUUACUAAUAUUGACCCUUCAACUUUCACUUAAAAUUAGUCAUGUGCCUUUUUCCUUUAACACUUAAAUGCCUGCAGGUAUGUUAUGAAAGAUCUUGAAAUUCAUUAGUACAAUCCUUAUUGGAACAUAUUCCAGUAUGAAAGGUAUAUUUAUUUUUUACAGUUUCGUUAUUUUUAACCCAGUAUAAUCAACACCACAGUAUGUACUCUUACCGUUCUGCAGAGGCUAAUUCACUUAAAAAUGCUUCAUGUGAAUCUCUGUGAAUGUUAAUUUUUUAAGCUUCAUUUUUAAAGACUAAUCAACUUCAUUCGAAGGUUAAUGUUAUUUUCAGCACAAUCCUUUAGUUCUACAGGACGCAUAGAUGUACAGAAAAAUCUAACUUUUUUAACUUGCAUCAAAGUACAUGGACAAACUUUAACCUAAAAUAUUUGUCUUUUGGUAGCUGUUCAAUAGUCAGGAUUGAUGGUUGGUUUCAGUAGUGCGAGUCUUCUUAUAACAUCAGGGGAAGCCUUUUUGCUUUUAGGGCAUUACCAGUGGAACCUGGGCUAUACCCUCCACAUUGCAUGGUUUAUCACAACACUUCUUUAAGACAUAGACCUCACUGUAACAUUCACUCAUGCCACUGUAGACCAUAAUGCCAUCAGUUCACAAUGAGCAAUUUCUGGUAUGUUGAUUGUAUAUAACAUGCUGUCUUUUGAAUAAAUGAAAAUGGCUAAGAAAA